AGAUUCCUGACAAGUAGAAAGUGGGCAUCUUAGAUAUGAGGGGUGGGGUGGUAGGGACAGUGGAAGAGAACUUGGGAUGUCUAGGGCCCCUGAGGGGACUGCUCGAGUGGUCAGAAGGUCAGGUUAGGUGGGCAAAGGCUGCAGGUGCCUGGGCAGAGCAGGAUGUGGCAUGACUGUGGUCUGGGGACAGCUGGCCGGGUCCCUAGAAGUCCUGCGACUUAGGGGAUUCUGUGAAAAACUCCAAGGAUUCUAUAACUUUGUUUUUCUUACUGUCCCAAGCUGGGGGUCCCCCAGCCCAGGGAAGACAGCUCUAUCUUACCUCCCACCCCUUACCCCCAGAGUUCAGUGUGCUUCUGGGGACUGCAGAAACCUCACAGGCAGGGACCUCUCUCACUGUGCCAGGCCCAGGAACUUUGAGUCCUCCCUCCCUGCCCAUCCUAGGGCCCGGGACCCUCCAGUGCUCUGGCUGGGCAGAGCUCUGGUGGUGGCGGGAGUAGCGAAUCCCCCACUGCCAGAGGAGUGCAGCGGCUGGCAGGUCCGAUCCUGGCUUUCUUCCUGGGGCCCCGAGGGAAUGAUAAAUCUGGGUGCAGGCGAGAGAUGGCACAGAAGGUCCUGGCGGGGCACUUUUUCCCCUUCCCCAAACCAGAGAGCAUUGUUGGGCCAGGUUGGUGGCCCCCGUUCCAGGCUCCAGGUUACCCCAGGGGUUCAAAGCAUGCAGCUGGGAAGCAGGAUGGGGAAGGAAGUCGGGGGGGUGGAGGAGAGGGAGACGAGGUGACAGCACCUCCUUGGGUCUCUGCUCCAUGCCUAACCGGGAGCCAGCAUGGCUGACAGUGUGUAUGUGCUGCACAAGGGCCUGGUUGGGACAGGGAUCACUCCCAAUACUGUCUGACCUUGAAAGUCCUGAAAGCGGCCCCAGAUAAUUCCAACUUCAGCCACUGCCCUCCGCCACCCCCGCGCCAGUGUACCCACACAUUGCCGUCACCAUCAGCACCACCCUCACCGCCACCACUGCUGUCACCACCGUCCCCAGGUGUCCCAAGGGCUCGGGGUGCUGGGGGCCAGGACCUGAGCCAGACCUGCGAGGGUGUCACCUAUGGGCCAGUGGUUCUCUGUGACUUGGUCCCUCUUAGGCGACAACAGGCAAUACCUAGAGAUGUUUUUGGUUGUUGUACCUUGGGGGCUGCUCCUCGCAUCUGGGGGGCUGGGGCCAGGGAUGUGGCCCAGUGUCCCACAGCACACGGGACAGUGCCCAGGACAGAGCAUCAUCUGUCCCCAGAUGUCGGAUGGUCCAUCACCCAUCUCCCUGGCUCUGCCUAUCUUUGCCUGGCCCUCGCCCCAGAAUGCCCACAUCACGGCUCCGAACGGUGGACGAGAAGUUCCUGGACGAGAAGCAAUCUCUACUUCUCCGGCCUCCGGCCCCUUUGUUCCGCUUAUCACUGUACCUCCUGGCCUCCGUUGCUUGAAUUGAAAAGUCAAUAAGAUGAAAAGUCUAUUGUGGCCACGCUCCAGAGGGAAAGACACACAGAAACCACUGAUACUGGGGCCCUGCGGACCCCCCGGCGUGGGGUCACGCUUGCCCAGGACAGGGGCGGGGUCCGGGCUGGGGCCUGGGGUAUAAAGGACUCAGAGGCGCCCAGGUCUGUACUCCACGGUCGCAGUGGAACUCAGGCGGCUUCUCCUCCUCGAGCAGCUGGGAACCAAGAUCAUGAAGUGGGUGAUAGUGGCCUUGCUGUGCCUGCCACUCUCUGAGGCGACACAGAUCAAGAUCCCCCUGAAGAAGCUCAAGUCUAUCCGGGAGACCAUGAGGGAGAAGGGCUUGCUGGGGGACUUCCUGAAGAACCACAAGCAGGAGCACGUCCGGAAGUUCUCCAGCAACGGCUUCGGCAACCUUGGUGACUUCAGCGUGCUGUUUGAGCCCAUGUCCUACAUGGAUGCUUCCUACUUUGGCGAGAUCAGCCUUGGAACACCGCCGCAGAGCUUCCAGGUCCUGUUUGACACUGGCUCCUCCAACCUGUGGGUGCCAUCCAUCUACUGCAAGAGCCUGGCCUGCACCACUCACCCGCGCUUCAAUCCCAACGAGUCCUCCACCUACACCUCUGCCGGCCAGUCCUUUUCCCUGCAGUACGGCUCCGGCAGCCUCACCGGCUUAUUCGGCUACGACACAAUGACCAUCCAAGAAACUCAGGUCCCCAAGCAGGAGUUUGGCCUCAGUGAGCAAGAGCCAGGCAGCGCCUUUGUCUACGCCCAGUUCGAGGGCAUCAUGGGCCUGGGCUACCCCGCCCUGUCCGCAGGGGGCGCCACCACCGCUAUGCAGGGUCUGCUGCGGGAGGGAGCCCUCUCCCAGAACCUCUUCAGCGUCUACCUGGGCAGCCAGCAGGGCUCUUCGGACGGGGGCGCGCUCAUCCUGGGCGGCGUGGACGAGAGCCUGUACUCGGGGCAGAUCUCCUGGACGCCGGUCACCCAGGAACUCUACUGGCAGAUCGGCAUUGAAGAAUUCCUCGUUGACGGCACUGGGUCUGGCUGGUGCGCCCAAGGCUGCCAGGGCAUUGUGGACACAGGUACCUCACUGCUCACCGUGCCCCAGCAGUACCUGAGCACCCUGAUGCAGACCAUAGGGGCCCAGGAGAACGAGUACGGAGAGUAUUUUGUGAACUGUAACAGCGUCCAGAACCUCCCCACCCUGACCUUCGUCAUCAGUGGUGUGCAGUUCCCUCUGCCACCCUCGGCCUACAUCCUCAACGAAGACCAGUCCUGCAUGGUGGGGCUCGAGUCCACCUACCUGUCCUCUGAUAAUGGCCAGCCCUUCUGGAUCCUUGGGGACGUCUUCCUGAGGUCCUACUACUCCAUCUACGACAUGGGCAACAACAGAAUGGGCUUUGCCCCUGCUGCCUAGACGAGCUGCCUGGACCCUGGACACCUUGCUCCUGGGGCCCCAGCUUGUGCGGCUUCCUUCUGUGCUCCCCUUCCUGGGUUCAGCUCCCCUUUGCUGGACCCUGGACUUUCUCUAAUAAUAAAUAGUUUUCCAUGUUGA